AUGCGUCACACUCUGCACGUCCUGUUGCUACUGCUCUGCUGCUUUGCCGGAUUUUUUGCCGCCGCUGAGCAUCGCUGCAUGUUUGACCACAUUUCUCGCAAGGCUGGUCCCCGAAGGAGAGCACUUGUGCGUGAAUUGCCCGGCCGGGAGCGCGGCGGGGCGCAGGUGUUGACUGCUUCUGUGCCUGGAUGGGCGCCCAUCCGUUUUAAGGUCUUCUCGGAGGCCAUGAACAACCCUUCGAAGUACUGCACCGUUGCGGGAGAGACCCGGUCAGAUUUCACUGGAGGCACCGUUGUGUGCCGGCAGCAGGCUGUUUUUACGGACGAAAAAAAACCGUCAUAUUGA